AUGGAGCUGGGCGAGACGGCGAACCGCGCUCUCUCGGCGUUGCGGCAGCUCCACCGUGGGAGUCUGGACGACAGUCUACUGGGCCUGGCCGACUGCUGGCGCCUCGGGAUCGUGUUCGACAAUUUGGACGGGGGCCUCUCUCGGCGGGUGCCUGGAGAGGUUGGUCACCAGUCGCCGCCGUCGACUACGCCCUCACAAGGAGCCGCGCCCCUGCGGCUGCGCCUUGCCGCCGCUGCGGCGGGCAAUCAGUCCCAGUCUACCUUCAGGCAGAGGGUGGCCGAACUUCGGAGGAGGAGUGCUGGCAGGAGUGGACGGCUGCCAGACAGGGGCGAGACGUUUCCGGAUCAAUGGGAUCGACUUGCCCUACCUCCUCCGGGGACCAGACCUGUGAGUGCGAGGUCUGUGUCGCCUCGAGUGGCACAGAAGUUGGAGAUGUUCAAGGAGGAGAUGUUGAGGAAGGAUGGCGAGGCUUGUGUUCAGGCCCGCCAGAGACGCAACUACGUGGACCUGCCCUUCCGCCAAAAGACGAAGACGCUGCAGACGGCCCGAAGGGUGGUAUUAGCGGGCAUGCCGUGCCGCACUGCCGAGAAGGUGGACGAGGUCGGGCUCUGUUACGUCGUGAAGAAGGCGGAGCCUGUGGAGAACGAGCCCGAGGUGACGCUGAGGUUGGUGUUCGACGAGAGACGUUCCAACCUGCGUUGGCGGUCUCCCCUUUGGUGUGCCAGGGGAGGGGUCAGGGCGACGUCUUUCCUGGACGUGUCCGGGGAGACGAAGGAGGACGACAUGAGCGUGCGCUUCGGCACGUGCGAAUUCCCCGACGUCUACGACACGGUGGAGUUGGGGGAGGAGCUGGCGUCGCACUUUGGGAGUCACAGCGUGUCGGGCGACGCGCUGGACGCACUGCUCCCCGAAGGCUCGUCAGGGCCUGGGGACGUCCGCUGCGUCGGGGCGAAGGUCUCGUUGAUGGCCUUCUCUCGGGCGUGCUGGACGGCGCAGACUACGAUGGAGGACCCCUUCCAUGCUGGCGGGCCAUUACCUCAUCGCAGUCGGGAGCUACCUGCUACGCACGAGGAGUACAUCGACGACUUCGGUGUCCUGGGCUUGGGCUUUCGGACCCAGCCUGGGCGGGAAACGGUGGCGACGGUGGAGGAGGUCUGGCUGGGCCCCAAGGAGUUGGUGGUCGUCGCGGGCUUCAAGGACACGACGGGGAUGGUGGUCUUCGGCAUACGGGGGAUCCUGACCCACCAGAGGGAGCUGCCCGACACGGGUGCGCGGAGCGUCGGUCUCCUGUCCUGGGGCUUCCUGAUCUGCCGUGGUGUGCUGAGCGUCUUCGCGGACGUGCACUCGGGGCGCAUGGAGUUCCGGUGGGGAGCUCGACGCGAGGUCCUACGGGAAGUGCUGAGGGAGAUGGCCGCGACCGCAGCGACAGUGCUGCUGAUCUCGUGGGACCGCUCGACGCCCUGGGGCCCGACGGUGACGAUGUUCUACGUGAACCUCUGCGACGCUUGGUGCGAGGCGGAGGCCUUCAGACGCGUGGGUGGCGACGUGGAGUUGGGCAUCCGUAUCCGCGGUCUUCCUGUGCACGAGGGGAUGGCCGCCCGCGACCUCGGGCGCGGCAUGCGGGAGUACUUGGGCUCGGUGCCGUCGGACCGCAACUACCGCGACGGGCCGAGCCGGGGGUUCACGAUUGGCCAGACCUCGAAGGAGCGGAGGACGGACGAGCGAGUGCUGCCAGAGAAGGUGGCGUCGAGGAUAGAGGCCCUGGCGGACCUGGCGGAGGUAGACCCCUUCCAGCCGCUCAGGAUGGGUGUCUCGAUCCCGGUGAAGGUGCUGCGCUUGGUCUCGCGGGGCUACCUGAUGAUCUGCACCAACGUGGACGUCGGCUUCGGCGCAGAGUUCGACCGGACGGACGAGGUCAACGUGCGGAGGCUGGAGCUGCUGACGUACUCGGCCGACUUCUGCGUGAUGUUGGCGAAGUGCCUCGUGGAGGCGAGGCCGACCCUGCAGGAGAGACGGGAGGUCGACCUGACCAAGAGGGCCGUGGAGCGGUUGAUCUACGAGACCCUGGAGCGCAGCAUCUGGCGGACCGAGGGUGAAGGUCCAUCCGCGAUGGGUUGGCCGCCACCCCUACCCGACGAGGCUCGAGUUCAAGCUGUACAAGACUACGCAGACAUGAUGCAAGACCUACGGGACUGGGCUCAUCGGUGGUACAGCGACCUCACGCAGCGGGCUACCGACAGCACCGAGUGGCGGGACUGGUGCGUGGCUUUCAUGGUGGAUAUAAUUCUGAGCGGGGCCGACGAGGCCCAGAGGCGUCUGCUCCUCAACGGGCCCCCUCGCCACACAGUCGCGGACGUCGUCAGGGGCCUCUGCAGCAGCGUGGGGAGGCCUCGUUACCCCGAUCAGUAUCGCAAGAGGGGCAACGCCCACCGCAGGAACGACGCGGAGCGCUUGCACCUGCAGCGGGCGCCGCGGAGGGAGGGGGUGACCCACGGGCUGGCCCUCCUGCCGCUUUCGGUCUCCACCAAGACGGCGCUGGGCUGCUACGUUGCCGACGUGCGCCGCGGCCUGGGCUUUGCGCUGGAAGGGAACCUGCCGAUGAUGAAGCGGGAGGAGAUCGAAGACGCGGUCCCGGGCUACUUGGACCGCCUGGUCGAGGACGAGGAGGUGUGCUCGCACAGAG